GGUAUUGGAUGACGUCACUUACAGGAAAAGCCACUGUGCAGAGUUAAUGCUAAUCUAGCAGUAAUGUAUUCAAAAGUGUAUUUACACAUGCAUAAUGUAAAAACAGCACUGUAAAAAAAAAAGACCACUGCUUAAAAAAAAAAGGAGAGGAAAAGGGAGGAGAGGUUGCUUUUUCUGUAUUUGACAACUCCUUGGUGCCAGAUUUCAUCAUUCUUUUUCCUAGUCUAGAUUCUUCAGUUGUUCAUGGAUUUGAUGUCUAACAUUUUUCCUAACUUCCUUUAAGCUUGCAUGCACAGCUGAGCUUCAAAUUGUUUUGCUGUUUUUUAUUUUAUUUUAUUUUUUACAUGGUACAACUGCUACUGGAUCCCAGUAGCAGAACCAGCAGAUCCCAGCCUUUAUGGUAGUAUGGGGCAAUGAAGACAAAAUGUAUUAUGUACUGGAGAAUUUAAAUCCAAUGACACUGAGCAGAUUUAAUGUUAUUUAGGGAUAGCCUCACAUUUCUUUACAUAGCUUCACCUUUCUUUUAUUCCUGCUAUUUCUAGUUCUUUCCUUUGCUUUCUUUGUUUCUUUAUUGUUUUAUCAUUUUCUUUUAAUCAUUUUCGUUUUUUAUUGUUUUCUUUCUUGCCCUUUCUAGUUCUUUAUUUCUUGUGCUUUCUCCUGUUUUAUCAUAUUUUCAUUUUUUAUAUUUCUCAUCUUUGUUUUUAGCUCUAGCAUUGUUUUUUUCAUUCUUUGUUCUUCAGUUUUAUUUUUUUACUUUUAGCUCUCUCUCUCUCUCUCUUUCUGUCACUUUCUCUUUUUGUGUGAGUAUGUCUAUCUAAUAGGAUCCAGAAGUCCUCUCCCUGUGAGAAUAUAGGGAAGUCCUGUAAGGAGGGAUCUUCUCUUCUCUUCCCCACUCUUUUCCUCUUCUUUCUUCUCUUUUCCUCCCAGAGUUUGCAAAUUUUCAGAAGUACCUUUGUGCUCACUCGACAGAGAAAGAGGCUGCUCAUUGGACCCCAUUCGCCAGUGGGACCCUUUAAAGACCCUAUUAUUUCCUCCUUUCACAUGGUUUCAAUUUUGUGGCCAGAAUUUCUCCACACAGAACACAAGUGACAGGAACUCCAAUCUCCCAACACAUGGCCUUCAACUGAGCAGGAGCUCAGAAAAUAACACAGUAGUGUUUAACCACUGUUGGGCUCACACGCACAAUGAAAGUACUCUUAUCCAGUGAGGGGGGUAAAUUAGUAUUAGCUGGACAUUCAAAGCAGUUAUGUUGUAUUUUACUGCAUGCUGCAGCUAGUUUGGUGUUAAGUAGGAAAAAAAAAUUGAGCUUGGAUUUACUCUUAGGGUAUUAAAUUGUGUUAUUUAUGUGUAAAUGGACCAGUAUUUAGUCAGUCAUUGAUUUGCCCUCUAGGUGUCCCCAUAGAUGCAAUGCUAGAUAGCUUGUAGGUAUUUCCCCUUGCAAGGAACUGAUGACAUGGAUGUUUACUCAAGGGACAAGCCGUGCCAAGAAGACAUGGCCCCAAAGCUUUUCUCAGGAAGAGCUGAGGAAGCGCUUGACCCCUAUGCAGUACCAUAUUACUCAGGAAAAGGGCACAGAGAGUGCAUUCAGGGGAGAAUAUACAGACCACAAAGAGGAGGGGACAUACAGGUGUGUUGUCUGCGGCACCCCUCUGUUUGCGUCUGAUAAGAAAUUUGAUUCUGGUUCAGGAUGGCCAUCCUUUUUCGAUCUGAUCAACGAGGAAUCAGUAUCGGUGACAGAUGACUUCUCUUACGGCAUGCACAGAGUGGAGACUAGCUGUAGUCAGUGUGGCGCACACCUUGGACACCUAUUUGACGACGGCCCCCGGCCCACUGGGAAGCGCUACUGCAUAAACUCUGCCUCUCUCACAUUUCAGCCCAAAAAUGUUGCUCCUGAAGGGGCAGAACCAAGCGCCACCACAGGCCAAUCAUCAACAUCUAGUAAGACUGAGCUUUGAAGGGAAAAUUUGGUAAAUCAGCCAAAUAUCAGAACUUUGAUGUAUAUCCUUCAAAGUUCACUUCUGGAUGACCAGAUUCAGGUCAACCCUGAUGCAUUGCAGGUGAGCCUAGCAAUAAGACAAGGGUGUUCUCCAGCAACCAGAAAGAUAUUCGGUAGCAGUACUACAGAAAAACAGCAUUAUUUCAAUGGCCUUGACUGAUAUGAUCAACUAGUCAGUCACCCAUAAAAAUUUCCCCAUUACAGAGAUGCAUGUCACCUGAAACGCCUCUACAGAAAAUCCGCUGUGUGCUGCAGCAGCUUUUACCAUCGACUAGUGGUUUUUAUAAAACAAUAUUAUGAACUGUGAGGUAGACUGUGGUUGAUUUACAGUUUUGUUGACAGUUGUUAUUAAACAAUUAUUCAGUCCUA